AAGAGGAUAGGACUUGUGCUGGGUUGGCGGCGCUGCUAAGGAAGUGACGCACAAAUCGGAAGCGGCGUGUUGUUUGGCGCGGUCUCCGGGCUGUGGCGGCGGUUGUUGGCUUGGAAUCUUGCGUCCUUUUAAACGUUGGAAAGUGGCGACCUCGAGCUCGAGUUUCAACGGUUGUUGCCCCCCCCCCGCCCACCUAUCCCAUUGUUCACCGCGUCAUGCCCCCCAAGCCGUUGAAGAGAACGGCCGCUGGUGGCUCUGAGGAGAGCCUCUCUCCGGCCAGACAUGACCACAAAGAAGCAAACUUUGUCUUACUGUGCCAAAGCCUUAAAGUAGGCGAAAAUGUGAAGGAGAGGGCUUGGAAGAUUUGGGAGUCAGUAUCAGUGCUUUUAAAUGAUAGUAUUGUAUUGGCUGCCACACGAAAGUAUUUGGGUAUCUGCAUCUUCAUUGCAGCUGUAGACUUGAAUGCAGUUUCCUUCACUCUGACAGAUUUGCAGAAAACAUUAGAUCUGAAUGUGACUGAGUUUUUGCAGUUGCUGAAGAAAAUGGAUGUGAACUUGGACACUGUUAGCACUAAAGUAAAUUCACUGGUAUUGAAACUGGAGAAGAAGUGCCUUGUUUUCACUGCACUCUUUGAAAAAUUUAAAAGGAUAUGUGAAAAGAUAUUUGUGGAGGCACCAGAUAUCCAGGCAUCAUCUGAAACUAAUAAACCAGUGGUGAAAAUCUGCUGGAUCACAUUUCUACUGGCAACAGGAAAGCUGCUACAGAUGGAAGAUGACCUUGUGCUCUCUUUCCAGUUGUUACUUUGUGUCUUGGAGUACUUUAUCAAGAUCUCACCCCCUACAAUGAUUAAGGAACCUUACAGAGCUGCUGCGAACAGUGUAAUUUCCAGUGGCCUGUCACGAUCUUCUAGACGAAGUCAGACCAGAAUUUCACAAACAGCCAAUUCAGUUGAAGUAGACGCCAGAGUUAUGGAAAUCCUUUGUAAGGAAAAUGAGUGCAAUGUGGAAGAGGUGAAAAAUAUCUAUUUGAAGAGCUUUCUUCCUUUUUUGGAUAAUCUUAAAAUACCCUGUUCUGGUGGGUUUCCUGAGAUUGAGUCACUUUCAAGACAAUAUGAAGAGCUUUACCAUAAGAACAAAGAUUUUGAUGGAAGAUUGUUCCUUGAGCAAGACAAAACUCUGCAAAUAGAUCCAGACCAAAGAUGUGAACUUGAGAGAACGCCAAAGAAGUGGCAGACUGAAGACAGUCACACAGUCAUUCCUCCCCAAACUCCUGUCAGGACCGCAAUGAACACCAUCCAGCAGUUACAGAUGAUUUUAAAUACAGCUGAUGACAAACCUUCAAAUACACUUAAAGCAUACUUUGAUAAUUGUACAGUGAACCCGACUAAUGAUAUUAUUAGUAGAGUGGAGAAUCUGGGUCAUAAGUUUCGGGAAAGUUUUGCUCAGGCUGUUGGAGAAGGAUGGGUUGAGAUCGGCUCUCAGCGAUAUAAGCUUGGUGUACGUUUGUAUUAUAGGGUUAUGGAAUCUAUGUUGAAAUCGCUGCUGAUCACCCAGAGUCAUCGUCCUUUUACUGAAGAAGAACGUCUCUCUGUCCAAAAUUUUAGCAAGUUGUUGAAUGAUGCUACAUUUCAUGGAUCUCUACACGCCUGUGCUGUGGAGGUGGUCAUGACCACAUAUGGAACUACUUGGAACAUAACGUUGACGGGUGACAUUCAAGCAGAGACUGACCUCUCCUUCCCGUGGAUCCUUCGUGUGUUUGAUAUAAAGGCUUAUGAGUUUUAUAAGGUUAUUGAGAGUUUUAUUAAAGCAGAACCAAAUCUAACCAGAGAGAUGAUCAAGCACCUGGAAAGGUGUGAACAUAGGAUCAUGGAGUGUAUUGCCUGGCAGACUGAUUCACCUUUGUUUGACAUACUCCGACAACAAAAAGAACAGGAAGAUCAGCCAGAUCAGCCAGAACCCACUAGUUCUCUCAAACAACCAUUCCAGCAUAACCACACUGCUGCAGACCUUUAUUUGCAUCCAGAGAGAUCCCCGCAGAAAAAAGGGUCUUGUUCAGCCCAUGAAGUUCCCACACAGCAAGCAAAGAUUGAGACACCAUCUGCUGGCCAGUCUCAGUUUCAGCCUCAGCAAAAACCUCAGAAGUUUACCUCAGUUUCUCUCUUCUACAAAAAAUUAUAUCGAUUGGCAUAUCUUCGAUUGAACACCCUCUGCAACCAUCUUUGUCUGCCAUCUGACCAUCCUCCGCUCGAAGCUAUAAUAUGGACUCUGUUUCAACAUACCUUAGGAAAUGAAUAUGAACUCAUGAGAGACAGACACUUAGACCAGAUAAUGAUGUGCUCCAUGUAUGCCAUUUGCAAGGUGAAGAACAUAGACCUUAGGUUCAAGACAAUUGUUACUGCCUACAAGGACUUGCCAAAUACAAGUCAAGAGACCUUUAAACACGUGCUGAUCAGAGAAGGGCAGUAUGAUUCCAUUAUAGGCUUCUACAACCUGGUGUUCAUGCAGAGGCUGAAAACCAAUAUCCUGCAGUACGCUUCAACACGUCCACCAACACUCUCACCAAUACCUCAAGUUCCUCGCAGUACAUUUGGUUUUCCAAGUUCUCCACUGCGUGUGCCCGGUGGAAAUAACAUUUAUGUAUCUCCAUUGAAAAGUCCAUACAAAAGUGACGGACUACUGUCCCCAACAAAACUGACUCCAAGAACACGGAUAUUAGUGUCUAUUGGGGAGCCAUUUGGGUCACCAGAAAAAUUCCAAAAGAUCAAUCAGUUAGUGAGUUCCAGUGAUCGUCACCUUAAGAGGGCUGGAGAUGCAGGGAGUCUGCCAAAACCUCUCAAAAGGCUUCGCUUUGAUAUGGAUGGUCAAGAUGAGACGGACGGCAGCAAGCACUUGUCUGGGGAGUCCAAACUACUGCAGCAAAAGAUUGCUGAAAUGACAUCCACAAGGAAUAAGAUGCAAGAACAGAAGCUGAAAGAUGGAAAUGGUGGUAUGAAGAGGGAAGAAAGUUGAGUCGUUCAUCUAUCUCUGUAAUGUAUCUCCAGUGCAUAUGAGCAGAAUCUUCUUCAUGGUUGAUUUGCAUUCAUUCUUUCUUCCCAGAUUUUUUUUACAUAUGGAGUUUAUUUCCUUUUACAAUCUACAGUUAAUUAGUUUAAGUCAUUUUAGAAAAUUGUUUUGCUAAACUCUAAGGCCAUAUUUUCCUCUGACUGUGAAGCUUUAUAAAAUGUUUGACUAAGUAAUAGAACAGGCCUGAUGAAAGAAGGUAUCUUGCUUUUCUUCUGAUUUUUACCACUACUAAGUGUUUACAAAAAUGACCACUGAAGAAAUCUGAAUCUAUAGCCUCAACCAAGGGCCAUUCAGCAGACCAGAUCUGCACCGAGUAUAUUAGCUGAUCCUCAACAACAAUCCUCAAUCUUCAGCUCCAUUCACCCAUGCUUCCUUUCUCUGGCAUUUCUAAUGUGAUUUGCAUUAGUCUGCUUGUUUUAGUAUAACAUUAUUUGUCUCACGCUCAAUAUUUAAUGCAGGAACCUUUAGCAUUACAACUUCCAUUUUUGAAUUCAAUACUUCAAUAUGUCCUUUAUUUGUAUAUAAAUACAUGGUGAUACUCUGUUCAAAUUGCAGAUCUCUUGCUGGGUCCUUGUACUUGAGUCUGUGAACAGCUACACUUUUGAAUCUAGCUGUAAAUUGAGCCUGCUGUAUUCGAAAUAAGCUUUGCAUAUAUUAAACAUGUUCAUGUGGAUCAUGUAUCAUAAUCAGUGCAGUGGAGUUUCAUCAACUUUGAUGAAACUCUAAUAUGUUUUGUGUAAUCUACAAUUAGAUGCACAGAAUGUUUCAGUUCCACUGUUUAAAUGCCAAGUAAGAUCUAGUAGAUGGUUGGAGCUGUAUUCAUGUUGGUAAUUUUUACAAGUUCGAAUAUCAGUUCCAUAUUAAAUGUCUGUCAUCUUGAUCUUUUUUUAAAAUUAAAUGAAGGCAAUUAACACUUAAUUAAGGAGGAGAAUAUGGCCUUAAAUAUGUAGCAUUUGCACAAAAUAUGUGCAAUUUCAAUUUUAUUAAUGUUUUAUUUAUGUGUAAAAUUUUACUUUUACAAACUAGAAAUAAGUUUGUCUUUAGUUGAAUUGUCUUCAAACAAAUGUGCCUGUCAAUUUUGGUUCUAGUGUUGAUGCAAAUGUAAGUUUGCCAUAAGUCAUGACACUUUUCACAAUUUUAGGCUGACCUAAAGCAGAUUACAUCCAAUGUACUGUAUAAUUUAAUGCAGGAAAUAUUGCAUAUAGCAACCAUCUUACCAACAGCAAUUAUAACAUUGAUCAUCUUCAGUUGUUAUGUUGAUUUGAGGGAUCAAUUUUGGCUAGGACACAAGGAGAAGUUUUUGAUCAUCUCCUCUGAAUAGGACAAUGGGAUCUUUUCCCUUCCACCUGAGAGGACAGUCAGAAACUCUGACUAUGCAGUGCUUACUCAAGUACUGAAUGAAGUGCCAGACUAGCUUAUAUCCUGAAGUCUGUGGAGUGGGUCUUGAACUAGCAGUGUUCUAGCCCAAAUGUAAGAAUCAUCCUAGCCCAAUGUCAAGGCUUGUAUCUUUAAGUAUAAAUGAUUUGACAAACUGCACUAUUGAUUUUGAUUUGUGCAUUGAAACAGUACCUAAUGUUCUUCAGAGAUAUAAUCUGAUGCACUAUUUAAUUUUGCAGAGGUUAUUAUCAGCAUUAUGAAUGAAGGCGUGAAUAUUAAGCCAUUUUCCUGAACUUUGGCUUUUUUUACCUCAGACAUACACAACAGCCUUCACAACUGAAAUGCUCACUACUAAAUCAAAACCUUGAAGGUCUCAAACAUUUUGAUGAACAAAUUAUGAAGUAUGAUCUGUGCUGUAUUUACAGUGUGGUUAAACUGCCCUAUAGACAGGCAUUAUGAAUAAUACUGACAUUUAGUUGGGAUAACUAUUAAUGUUGGAUUGUUUGUGAUAGUUGCCUGAGAAGUUGGAAACUGUUCCUAUCUACAA